AUGGGUGCCCGCCGCAGGGAGCUGGUCCUGCUCUGGGCCUUGGCUCUCACCCUGGCCUGUGCCCAGCAUGUAGGCCAGGCCCACGACGCCUCUCCAAAGCACGGCUAUGAGGACCACCCGGACGUGCCCCCUGGCCAGCAGCAAGCAGGUGGCCCCCUCUUGGGGGUGACCACUGUCCCGCCCCUGAGGACAAUCCCCGUGGUUCGAGCCCUGAACCCCGCGCACAACGGCCGGGUCUGCAGCACGUGGGGCGACUUCCACUACAAGACCUUCGAUGGCGCCAUGUUCCGCUUCCCCGGGCUCUGCAACUACGUGUUCUCCUCGCACUGCCGCGCCGCCUACGAGGACUUCAACGUGCAGAUCCGCCGCAGCCCGGAGCCUGGUGCCCACACGCUCACCCACGUCACCAUGAAGCUCGACGGCCUCGUGGUGGAGCUGACCAACGGCUCCGUCCUGGUCAACAGCCACCGGGUCCGGCUGCCCUUCAGCCAGGCCGGGGUCCUCAUCGAGCGGAGCAGUGUUCACCUGAAGGUAGUGGCCAAGCUGGGCUUGCUGCUCAUGUGGAACCAGGACGGCAGCCUCCUGCUGGAGCUGGAUGACAAGUUCACCAAUCAGACCUGCGGGCUCUGCGGGGACUUCAACAGCCUCCCGGAUGUGGACGAGCUCCUCACCCACGAUGUCAAGCUGACCCCCACGGAGUUCGGGAACCUGCAGAAGCUGGACGGGCCCACGGAGCAGUGCCCGGACGCCAAACCGGCCCCGUGUCCCGGCACCUGCUCGGUGCUGGGCGGCUCCCACGUCUCCACCUUCGACGAGAAGCAGUACACGGUGCACGGCGACUGCAGCUACGUGCUGGCCAAGCCCUGCGACAGCGGCUCCUUCACCGUGCUGGGCGAGCUGCGCAGGUGUGGGCUCACGGACAGCGAGACGUGCCUCAAGAGCGUGACGCUCAGCCUCGGCGGGGGGCAGACCGUCAUCGUGAUCAAGGCCAGUGGAGAAGCGUUCGUGAACCAGAUCUACACCCAGCUGCCCAUCUCGGCAGCCAACGUGACCAUCUUCAGACCCUCGACCUUCUUUGUCAUCGCCCACACUAACCUGGGCCUGCAGCUGGAGGUGCAGCUCGUGCCCACGAUGCAGGCCUUCGUGCGGCUGGAGCCCGAGCUCCGGGGGCUCACGUGCGGCCUCUGCGGGAACUUCAACCAGAACCAGGCCGACGACUUCCGGACCAUCAGCGGGCUGGUGGAGGGCACGGGCACCGCCUUCGCCAACACCUGGAAGACCCAGGCCGCCUGCCCCAACGUCAAGAACAGCUUCGAGGACCCCUGCUCCCUCAGCGUGGAGAACGAGAAGUACGCUCAGCACUGGUGCUCCCGGCUGGCAGACCCGAAGGGCCCCUUUGCCCAGUGCCAUGAUGCUGUGAACCCUGACACUUACUACUCGAACUGCCUGUUCGACACCUGCAACUGCGAGAGGAGCGAGGACUGCCUGUGCGCCACGCUCUCCGCUUACGUGCGCGCCUGCGCCGCCAGGGGCGUCCUGCUCAGCGGCUGGAGGGACGGCGUCUGCACGAAUUCCACGCUCAGCUGCCCCAAGACGCUGACCUACCAGGAGCACAUCGACACCUGCCAGCCCACCUGCCGCUCGCUGAGCGAGGAGGACGUCACCUGCAGCAUCGGCUUCAUCCCCGUGGACGGCUGCACCUGCGCCAAGGGCACCUACCUGGACGAGUCGGGCAAGUGUGUGCCGGCCUCCAGCUGCCCCUGCUACUAUCAUGGCUCGGUGGUCCUCAAUGGAGAGACCCUGCACAACAGUGGGGCCAUCUGCACCUGCACCCGUGGUGAGCUGACCUGCAUCGGAGGUGAAGAGACCGACCCAGUUUGUGCUGACCCCAUGGUCUACUUCGACUGCCGGAACGCCACGGCUGGGGCCACUGGGGCCGGCUGCCAGAAGAGCUGCCACACCCUGGACAUGGCCUGCUACAGCCCCCAGUGUGUCCCUGGCUGCGUGUGUCCUGAUGAGCUGGUGUCGGAUGGCAAGGGUGGCUGCAUCGCUGCGGCCGACUGUCCCUGCGUGCACAACGAGGCCAGCUACGAGGCUGGACAGACCAUCCAGGUCGACUGUAACACCUGCACCUGUAAGAACAGGAUGUGGCACUGCACGGACGAGCCCUGCCUGGCCACGUGCACUGUGUACGGGGACGGCCACUACCUCACCUUCGAUGGGCAGCGCUACAGCUUCAGCGGGGACUGCGAGUACACCUUGGUGCAGGACCACUGUGGUGGCAGCGGCAGCCCCCAGGACUCCUUCCAUGUCGUCACAGAGAACGUUCCUUGUGGUACCACAGGGACCACCUGCUCCAAGGCCAUCAAGAUCUUCCUGGGGAGCUACGAGCUGAAGCUGAGCGACGGGCAGGUCGAGGUGGUCGAGAAGGGGGCUGGGCAGCAGGCGCCCUACAGCCUCCGCCAGAUGGGCAUCUACCUGGUGGUGGACACUGACGCUGGCCUGGUGCUCCUGUGGGACAAGAAGACCAGCAUCUUCAUCAAGCUCAGCCCCGCGUUCAAGGGCAAGGUCUGCGGGCUGUGCGGGAACUUCGACGACAACGCCGCCAAUGACUUCACCACGCGGAGCCGGUCCGUGGUGGGGGACGUGCUGGAGUUCGGCAACAGCUGGAAGUUCUCCCCGACCUGCCCCGACGCGCUUGCCCCCAGAGACCCCUGCAGUGCCAAUCCCUACCGCAAGUCCUGGGCCCAGAAGCAGUGCAGCAUCAUCAACAGCAGCCCCUUCGCCGCCUGCCGGGCCCAGGUGGAGCCCACCAAGUACUACGAGGCCUGCGUGAGCGACGCGUGUGCGUGCGACUCCGGGGGCGACUGCGAGUGCUUCUGCACGGCCGUGGCCGCCUACGCCCAGGCCUGUCGCGACGUGGGCGUGUGCGUCACCUGGAGGACCCCGGACAUCUGCCCCCUGUUCUGUGACUUCUACAAUCCCAAAGGAAUUUGUGAGUGGCACUACCAGCCCUGCGGGACGCCCUGCCUGAAAACCUGCCGGAACCCCAGCGGGAAGUGUCUCCAUGAGGUCCACAGCCUGGAAGGGUGCUACCCCAAGUGCCCACCUGAGGCUCCCAUCUUUGAUGAGGACACAAUGCAAUGUGUGGCUGAAUGCCCAACCGUGCCUCCACACUGCCUCGUCCACGGAAAAGAAUACCAGCCAGGUGCCCCUGUGCCCUCUGCUGAGAACUGCCAGUCCUGCGUCUGCACUGAGAACGGAGUGCGGUGCGUCCAUGACACCAAGGCCUGCAACUGCACCUACGACGGGCAGCAGUUCCAUCCCGGGGACGUCAUCUAUGACACCACAGACGGCAUGGGGGGCUGCAUCUCUGCCCGCUGUGGGACCAACGGCACCAUCGAGAGGAGGGUCUCGGCCUGUGACCUCACCACACCUGCACCCCCAACCACCUUUACUGCACAUGCUUCACACCCGCCCUCCCCAACCUCAUCCCCACCUACCACAACUAGCCCGGGCUGUGGGCAGGUGUGCCGAUGGUCCCCAUGGCUGGAUGUUAGCCAUCCAGGACAGGGACCUGACAGUGGGGAUUUUGACACACUGGAGAACCUACGAGCCCACGGGUACCGAGUGUGCAAAGCCCCCAGGGCGGUAGAGUGUCGAGCUGAGGACACCCCUGACAUGCCACUUCGAGCCUUGAAGCAGCGAGUCAAGUGCAGCACAGCCGUGGGGCUCAUCUGCUACAACAGGGACCAGAUGUCUGGGCUCUGUGACAACUACCAAAUCCGGAUUCAGUGUUGCACCCCAGAGUACCUCAACACCUGUCCCAGGUACGCAGACACCUGUCCCAGGUACCUCAACAUCAGUUUCAGGAACCAUGACACCUGUCCCAGGUACCUUGACACCUAUCUCAGGUACCCAGACACCUGUCCCAGGUACCCCAACACCUGUCAAAACAACUCUCUCAACCCCCAGUCCAUCGCCAGUGCUGACAACACUUAUGCCAUCUUCUUCUGGGUCCACCACAGCACGAGGAACCUGGACACACACAGUCCUUCAACCACUACCACUGGUUCUUCAACCAUUACCACUAGUCCUUCAACCACCACUGCUGGUCCUUCAACCAUUACCACCAGUCCUUCAACCAUCACCACUGGUCCUUCAGCCACCACCACUGGUCCUUCAACCAUUACCACCAGUCCUUCAACCACCACCACUGGUCCUUCAACCACCACCACUGGUCCUUCAACCAUUACCACCAGUCCUUCAACCACCACCACUGGUCCUUCAACCAUUAUCACCAGUCCUUCAACCACCACCACUGGUCCUUCAGCCACCACCACUGGUCCUUCAACCAUUACCACCAGUCCUUCAACCGCCACCACUGGUCCUUCAACCACCACCACUGGUCCUUCAACCAUUACCACCAGUCCUUCAGCCACCACCACCGGUCCUUCAACCAUUACCACCAGUCCUUCAACCACCACCACUGGUCCUUCAACCACCACCACCGGUCCUUCAACCAUUACCACCGGUACUUCAACCACCACCACCGGUCCUUCAACCAUUACCACCGGUCCUUCAACCACCACCACCGGUCCUUCAACCACCACCCUUGGCCCUUCUAGCACCCCAACCCCUGUUCCUCUAACUACGACCACCUCUGUGUCUCUAUCCACACGUUCUCCACCUGAAACCACAGUCAGUGUCCCAGGACCCAGCAUCUCUGUUCCUGCACCUGGGACAACACCCUGCCAGCCACGGUGUUCAUGGACCAAGUGGUUCGAUGUGGACUUCCCAUCCCCCGGGCCGCAUGGUGGAGACCUGGAAACCUACAGCAACAUCAUCAGGAGAGGGGAGAAGAUAUGCCGCCAACCCGAGGUGAUCACGCGGCUGGAAUGCCGGGCUGAGAACCACCCCGAGGUCAGCAUCCGUCAGCUGGGGCAGGUGGUGGAGUGCAACCGGGACGUGGGUCUGGUGUGCCGGAACCAAGACCAGGUGGGCAAAUUCAAGAUGUGCCUCAACUACAAGGUCCGGGUGCUGUGCUGCGAGCCCCAGGAAGGCUGUCCGGUGACCGGUGUGACAAUCCUGCCCAUCUCAACUGAGACUGUCACCAGCCAGACUACAUCUACCAAGUCUGAGACCACAACCUCCAACUCUGGUCCUUCAACCACCACCACUGGUCCUUCAGCCAUUACCACCAGUCCUUCAACCACCACCACUGGUCCUUCAACCACCACCACUGGUCCUUCAACCAUUACCACCAGUCCUUCAACCACCACCACUGGUCCUUCAGCCAUUACCACCAGUCCUUCAACCACCACCACUGGUCCUUCAACCACCACCCUUGGCCCUUCUAGCACCCCAACCCCUGUUCCUCUAACUACGACCACCUCUGUGUCUCUAUCCACACGUUCUCCACCUGAAACCACAGUCAGUGUCCCAGGACCCAGCAUCUCUGUUCCUGCACCUGGGACAACACCCUGCCAGCCACGGUGUUCAUGGACCAGGUGGUUCGAUGUGGACUUCCCAUCCCCUGGGCCGCAUGGUGGAGACCUGGAAACCUACAGCAACAUCAUCAGGAGAGGGGAGAAGAUAUGCCGCCAACCCGAGGUGAUCACGCAGCUGGAAUGCCAGGCUGAGAACCACCCCGAGGUCAGCAUCCGUCAGCUUGGGCAGGUGGUGGAGUGCAACCGGGACGUGGGUCUGGUGUGCCGGAACCAAGACCAGGUGGGCAAAUUCAAGAUGUGCCUCAACUACAAGGUCCGGGUGCUGUGCUGCGAGCCCCAGGAAGGCUGUCCGGUGACCGGUGUGACAAUCCUGCCCAUCUCAACUGAGACUGUUACCAGCCAGACUACAUCUACCAAGUCUGAGACCACAACCUCCACCUCUGGUCCUUCAACCACCACCACUGGUCCUUCAGCCAUUACCACCAGUCCUUCAACCACCACCACUGGUCCUUCAACCACCACCACUGGUCCUUCAACCAUUACCACCAGUCCUUCAACCACCACCACUGGUCCUUCAGCCAUUACCACCAGUCCUUCAACCACCACCACUGGUCCUUCAACCACCACCCUUGGCCCUUCUAGCACCCCAACCCCUGUUCCUCUAACUACGACCACCUCUGUGUCUCUAUCCACACGUUCUCCACCUGAAACCACAGUCAGUGUCCCAGGACCCAGCAUCUCUGUUCCUGCACCUGGGACAACACCCUGCCAGCCACGGUGUUCAUGGACCAAGUGGUUCGAUGUGGACUUCCCAUCCCCUGGGCCGCACGGUGGAGACCUGGAAACCUACAGCAACAUCAUCAGGAGAGGUGAGAAGAUAUGCCGCCAACCCGAGGUGAUCACGCAGCUGGAAUGCCAGGCUGAGAACCACCCCGAGGUCAGCAUCCGUCAGCUUGGGCAGGUGGUGGAGUGCAACCGGGACGUGGGUCUGGUGUGCCGGAACCAAGACCAGGUGGGCAAAUUCAAGAUGUGCCUCAACUACAAGGUCCGGGUGCUGUGCUGCGAGCCCCAGGAAGGCUGUCCGGUGACCGGUGUGACAAUCCCGCCCAUCUCAACUGAGACUGUCACCAGCCAGACUACAUCUACCAAGUCUGAGACCACAACCUCCACCUCUGGUCCUUCAACCACCACCACUGGUCCUUCAGCCAUUACCACCACCACUGGUCCUUCAACCACCACCACUGGUCCUUCAACCACCACCACUGGUCCUUCAACCAUUACCACCAGUCCUUCAACCACCACCACUGGUCCUUCAACCACCACCCUUGGCCCUUCUAGCACCCCAACCCCUGUUCCUCUAACUACGACCACCUCUGUGUCUCUAUCCACACGUUCUCCACCUGAAACCACAGCCAGUGUCCCAGGACCCAGCAUCUCUGUUCCUGCACCUGGGACAACACCCUGCCAGCCACGGUGUUCAUGGACCAAGUGGUUCGAUGUGGACUUCCCAUCCCCCGGGCCGCAUGGUGGAGACCUGGAAACCUACAGCAACAUUAUCAGGAGAGGGGAGAAGAUAUGCCACCAACCCGAGGUGAUCACGCGGCUGGAAUGCCGGGCUGAGAACCACCCCGAGGUCAGCAUCCGUCAGCUGGGGCAGGUGGUGGAGUGCAACCGGGACGUGGGUCUGGUGUGCCGGAACCAAGACCAGGUGGGCAAAUUCAAGAUGUGCCUCAACUACAAGGUCCGGGUGCUGUGCUGCGAGCCCCAGGAAGGCUGUCCGGUGACCGGUGUGACAAUCCUGCCCAUCUCAACUGAGACUGUCACCAGCCAGACUACAUCUACCAAGUCUGAGACCACAACCUCCACCUCUGGUCCUUCAACCACCACCACUGGUCCUUCAGCCAUUACCACCACCACUGGUCCUUCAACCACCACCACUGGUCCUUCAACCAUUACCACCAGUCCUUCAACCACCACCACUGGUCCUUCAACCACCACCCUUGGCCCUUCUAGCACCCCAACCCCUGUUCCUCUAACUACGACCACCUCUGUGUCUCUAUCCACACGUUCUCCACCUGAAACCACAGCCAGUGUCCCAGGACCCAGCAUCUCUGUUCCUGCACCUGGGACAACACCCUGCCAGCCACGGUGUUCAUGGACCAAGUGGUUCGAUGUGGACUUCCCAUCCCCCGGGCCGCAUGGUGGAGACCUGGAAACCUACAGCAACAUCAUCAGGAGAGGGGAGAAGAUAUGCCGCCAACCCGAGGUGAUCACGCGGCUGGAAUGCCGGGCUGAGAACCACCCCGAGGUCAGCAUCCGUCAGCUGGGGCAGGUGGUGGAGUGCAACCGGGACGUGGGUCUGGUGUGCCGGAACCAAGACCAGGUGGGCAAAUUCAAGAUGUGCCUCAACUACAAGGUCCGGGUGCUGUGCUGCGAGCCCCAGGAAGGCUGUCCGGUGACCGGUGUGACAAUCCUGCCCAUCUCAACUGAGACUGUCACCAGCCAGACUACAUCUACCAAGUCUGAGACCACAACCUCCACCUCUGGUCCUUCAACCACCACCACUGGUCCUUCAGCCAUUACCACCAGUCCUUCAACCACCACCACUGGUCCUUCAACCACCACCACUGGUCCUUCAACCAUUACCACCAGUCCUUCAACCACCACCACUGGUCCUUCAGCCAUUACCACCAGUCCUUCAACCACCACCACUGGUCCUUCAACCACCACCCUUGGCCCUUCUAGCACCCCAACCCCUGUUCCUCUAACUACGACCACCUCUGUGUCUCUAUCCACACGUUCUCCACCUGAAACCACGGUCAGUGUCCCAGGACCCAGCAUCUCUGUUCCUGCACCUGGGACAACACCCUGCCAGCCACGGUGUUCAUGGACCAAGUGGUUCGAUGUGGACUUCCCAUCCCCUGGGCCGCACGGUGGAGACCUGGAAACCUACAGCAACAUCAUCAGGAGAGGUGAGAAGAUAUGCCGCCAACCCGAGGUGAUCACGCAGCUGGAAUGCCAGGCUGAGAACCACCCCGAGGUCAGCAUCCGUCAGCUUGGGCAGGUGGUGGAGUGCAACCGGGACGUGGGUCUGGUGUGCCGGAACCAAGACCAGGUGGGCAAAUUCAAGAUGUGCCUCAACUACAAGGUCCGGGUGCUGUGCUGCGAGCCCCAGGAAGGCUGUCCGGUGACCGGUGUGACAAUCCCGCCCAUCUCAACUGAGACUGUCACCAGCCAGACUACAUCUACCAAGUCUGAGACCACAACCUCCACCUCUGGUCCUUCAACCACCACCACUGGUCCUUCAGCCAUUACCACCACCACUGGUCCUUCAACCACCACCACUGGUCCUUCAACCACCACCACUGGUCCUUCAACCAUUACCACCAGUCCUUCAACCACCACCACUGGUCCUUCAACCACCACCCUUGGCCCUUCUAGCACCCCAACCCCUGUUCCUCUAACUACGACCACCUCUGUGUCUCUAUCCACACGUUCUCCACCUGAAACCACAGCCAGUGUCCCAGGACCCAGCAUCUCUGUUCCUGCACCUGGGACAACACCCUGCCAGCCACGGUGUUCAUGGACCAAGUGGUUCAAUGUGGACUUCCCAUCCCCCGGGCCGCAUGGUGGAGACUUGGAAACCUACAGCAACAUCAUCAGGAGAGGGGAGAAGAUAUGCCGCCAACCCGAGGUGAUCACGCGGCUGGAAUGCCGGGCUGAGAACCACCCCGAGGUCAGCAUCCGUCAGCUGGGGCAGGUGGUGGAGUGCAACCGGGACGUGGGUCUGGUGUGCCGGAACCAAGACCAGGUGGGCAAAUUCAAGAUGUGCCUCAACUACAAGGUCCGGGUGCUGUGCUGCGAGCCCCAGGAAGGCUGUCCGGUGACCGGUGUGACAAUCCUGCCCAUCUCAACUGAGACUGUCACCAGCCAGACUACAUCUACCAAGUCUGAGACCACAACCUCCACCUCUGGUCCUUCAACCACCACCACUGGUCCUUCAGCCAUUACCACCACCACUGGUCCUUCAACCACCACCACUGGUCCUUCAACCACCACCACUGGUCCUUCAACCAUUACCACCAGUCCUUCAACCACCACCACUGGUCCUUCAACCACCACCCUUGGCCCUUCUAGCACCCCAACCCCUGUUCCUCUAACUACGACCACCUCUGUGUCUCUAUCCACACGUUCUCCACCUGAAACCACAGCCAGUGUCCCAGGACCCAGCAUCUCUGUUCCUGCACCUGGGACAACACCCUGCCAGCCACGGUGUUCAUGGACCAAGUGGUUCGAUGUGGACUUCCCAUCCCCCGGGCCGCAUGGUGGAGACCUGGAAACCUACAGCAACAUCAUCAGGAGAGGGGAGAGGAUAUGCCGCCAAAGCGAGGUGAUCACGCGGCUGGAAUGCCGGGCUGAGAACCACCCCGAGGUCAACAUCCGUCAGCUGGGGCAGGUGGUGGAGUGCAACCGGGACGUGGGUCUGGUGUGCCGGAACCAAGACCAGGUGGGCAAAUUCAAGAUGUGCCUCAACUACGAGGUCCGCGUGCUGUGCUGCGAGCCCCAGGAAGGCUGUCCGGUGACCGGUGUGACAAUCCUGCCCAUCUCAACUGAGACUGUCACCAGCCAGACUACAUCUAUCAAGUCUGAGACCACAAUCUCUACCACCGGUCCUUCAACCAUUACCACCAGUUCUUCAACCACCACCAUUGGUCCUUCAGCCACCACCCUUGGCCCUUCUAGCACCCCAACCCCUGCUCCUGUAACUACGACCUCCUCUUUGUCUCUAUCCACAAGUUCUCCACCUGAAACCACAGUCAGUGUCCCAGGAACCAGCACCUCUGUUCCUGCACCUGGGACGACCCACUCCCCACCUGUGACUCCUGACUGCCAGCUACAGUGUUCAUGGACCAAGUGGUUCGAUGUGGACUUCCCAUCUCCUGGGCCCCAUGGUGGAGAUGUGGAAACCUAUAGCAACAUCGUCAGGAGAGGGGAGAAGGUAUGCCGCCAACCCGAGGCGAUCACGCGGCUGGAAUGCCGGGCUGAGAACCAUCCUGAGGUCAGCAUCGAUCAGCUGGGGCAGGUGGUGGAAUGCAACCCGGACAUGGGUCUGGUGUGCCGGAACCAAGACCAAGUGGACAGAUUCAAGAUGUGCCUCAACUAUGAGGUCCGGGUGCUGUGCUGCGAGCCCCGGGAAGGCUGUCCGCCGCCUUCUUUGACCCCUGUGACUCUUCCCUCAUUCGUAUCCCCUCAAGAACCCACCCCCGUUUCUACUAUCAAAUCCACCUCGGUCUGCUACUGCCUCGUGUCUGACCAUCUCUACCCUGCCGGAGCCAUCAUAUACAGCCAGAUGGACCGCAGCAGCCACUGCUAUUAUGCCAUAUGCAGUCACAACUGUCAAGUGAUCAGGCACGCUGACAAGGACUGCCCCCUCACCAGUCCACCGCCCACCUCAGUCACAACCCCUCCAGCCACGUCUGUGUCCUACUCUCACACCUCAGUGCCCCGUGGAUGCCCAGACGCGGCUCCCCCCAGAACGAAGGGUGAAACGUGGACCAUGCACAACUGCACACAGGCCACCUGUCAGGGUGACAACGUCAUCACCCUGAGCCCGCAGAAGUGCCCACAAGUGGAGAAGCCGACCUGUGCCAAUGGCUACCCAGCUGUGCAGGUGGAUGAUGAGGAUGGCUGCUGCACCCAGUACAAGUGCCAAUGUGUCUGCAGCGGUUGGGGCGACCCUCACUACAUCACUUUUGACGGCACGUACUACACCUUCCUGGACAACUGCACCUACGUGCUGGUGCAGCAGAUUGUCCCAGUGUACGGACAUUUUCGCGUGCUUAUUGACAAUUACUUCUGUGACUCUGAAGAUGGGCUAUCUUGCCCGCAGUCCAUCAUCAUCGAGUACCAGCAGGAUCGGGUCGUGCUGACCCGCAGGCCAGUCGAUGGGGUGAUGACCAAUGAGAUCAUCUUCGACAACAAGGUGGUCAGUCCUGGCUUCACUAAAAACGGCAUCAUCACCUCCAAGCUUGGCAUCAACAUGUAUGUGACCAUUCCCAAGAUCGGCGUCCAGGUCAUGUUCAGUGGCCUCAUCUUCUCGGUGAAGGUGCCUUUCAGCAAAUUCAAUAACAACACCGAGGGGCAGUGCGGCACCUGCAGCAAUGACCAGAAGGAUGAUUGUCGCCUGCCCGGGGGCAAGGUGGCUGCCUCCUGCUCCGACAUGUCUGGCCACUGGAAGCACAGUUGGGCCUACAAGCCCACCCACCCAAUGCCCACCUUCGCCAAUCUGCCAGCUGAUUCUGAGCAACUCCAGGCGGAGCAGGUGGCGAGAGCUACUGGGCUGUCACAUGCAGGGCUUGGGCCAGGGCUGCCCAGGCGGCUCUCUGCCUGCUCACAAGCUGUCACCCUCGGCACAGGCCCCAAAGCACAGCCAGGCAGGGUCUUCGAGGCGUGCCACGACGUGAUCCCCCCGCGGCCCUACUAUGAGGGCUGCCUCUUCGACCAGUGCCACAUGAUGGACCCACAGGUGGUGUGCUCUGCUCUGGAGCUGUACGCGUCCCUCUGCCUGUCCGAGGGUGUCUGCAUCGACUGGAGGGGCCGGACCAACAACACCUGCCGUGAGUGUCCCCAGCCCGGCCACCAGCUCGUCCUUGGCCCUGCCCUGUCCAGGUGGGCCGUGGACACCUCCGGGGAAGGGGCGGCGCCCACGCCUUCACCUGCCCUGCCGGCAAGGAGUACCUGCCCUGCGGCCCGGUGGACCCCCCCCUACUGCUACGGGAGCGACAACACCAGCCUCCUGGUCCUCCAGAAGGCCGGCACCACCACAGAAGGCUGCUUCUGCCCAGAUGGCAUGAUGCUGUUCAGCUCCAGCGUGGAAGUCUGUGUACCUGCCAGCUGCCCGAACUGCCUGGGCCCCAAUGGAGAGCUGGUGGAGCCGGGCCACACCGUCAGCUCCCAGUGUCAGAAGUGCACCUGCGACAGGGACACACGGACGAUGACCUGCUGGACGCCAGCCUGCCCGCUGCCCCCCGCCUGCUCUGGGCAGGGCCUUAUACUCCAGUUCACACCCCUACAGCCGGGCGAGUGCUGUCCCCAGCACAGCUGCGUCUGCAACACCAGCUACUGCCCCCAGCUCAAGGAUGCCUGCCCCAAAGGCUCCCACCUGGUCGUCACCCACAAGGAGGGCAGCUGCUGCCCCAGCUACACAUGCAGCCCUGGCUGCAGCAUCAACAGCACUUUCUACCAGCUGGGGGGCUCUGAGCCCCACAGACCCCCCGUGCUGGCCUCCCACCAGGGCCAGGGAGCUGAGCCUCUGCCUGGUGCUGUGGUCUCCUCGGAUCCGUGCAGAACAUGCUGGUGUGAGGCAGACGGCAGCCCUCUGUCAGACAUCUACAUGGUGAAGUGUGAGGAGCAGAUCUGUGACCACCAAUGCCCUGCCGGCUCUGAGUACCAGGUGCAGAGUGGGCAGUGCUGCGGCAGGUGUGUGCAGGUGGCCUGCAUCCUCAAGACUGGCAACAGCUCCAUCCAGCUCCUCUACCCCGGUGAGUCCUGGUCAGGGGACCGCUGUGUGACCCAUGAGUGUGAGAAGUACGGGGACAGACUCUCAGUGGUGACUAUCAAGAAAGCGUGUCCCACCCUCCGCUGCCCUCAGGACCAGGCCAAGCUGAGCAAGGAUGGCUGCUGCCUGUUCUGUCCCCAUCAAAACCAAUCAACCUGUGCCGUACACCACAAGCAUGAGGUUAUCCGGCAGCAUGACUGCAGCUCCCUGGAGCCUGUGCGCCUCACCUACUGUGGGGGCAACUGCGGAGACACAGCCUCCAAGUUCUCCUUUGAGGCCAACACGAUGAAGCACCAGUGCCGGUGCUGCCAGGAGCUGCGGACAUCAGAGAGGAACGUGACCCUGCACUGCCCAGACGGCUCUAGCCGGGCCCUCAGCUACCCCCUGGUGGAGGAGUGCAGCUGCGUGGACCUGCGGUGCAGCCCCGAGGCCCCGCCUCCCCAGCAACUGACCGGCUCCGGGCCCCAGGACUCUCGGCAGCCUCACUCCGGGACACAUGGACCAGAACGUGGCACCGGUGGCUCCUUGGUCCAUUCGCAGAGUCCCCAGGUCCCCGAGGCCCAUCCACCCACCAGCCCAGGAGGGCUGAGGCUGCAGAGGGGAAGGGGCCGCCCAGGGUCUCGGGGACAUGGUGCCCCCAAGAGGAGGUGCCACCUACGGCCCUCCCUGCCCAAUGGGCACACAGUGCUCCUCGCCCCACGUCCCCUGCUCCCACUGGGGCCCCUGGUUCAGAGGGACCAGCCCAAUGGCAGCUUCACGGAUUUGAAGUGCCGGCCGGCGGGCAGGCCCCGUCCCGCCCCUCCUGGGCCGCGCUCUCCCGACGCUGCUGACCCGGCCAGCGGGCGGACUCUGAGCAGCCCCCCCAGCGGAUCGGGUGUCCGGCGGCUGCCUCUUCCUCUGCAGCCCUGGCCAGGUUAUGCAAGCCGCAGUUUCCGGAAAGAGCCAGAAAGCUGGGUGUGGCCCUCCAGCCUCUUGGCACCCGUCGGGCCACUGGGCCCACAGGGAGAGCCUGGCCUGGGCGAAGGUCCCACUUCUGAGGCCCUGCAUGGGGGAGCCACAAACUUGCCCUGGUCUGAUGGGGAGGGGGUGCCCAGCCUCAUGCUUGGGGGCCCCAAGUCUGAGGACAGCUUCUCCCCAGACAGGGAGCACAGAGACUCCAGGAAGGGGAGCGAGAUGGACGGAGAUGAGGCGUCUGGGGAGUGCAACUCAGUAGGCAGCGAGGGGUCCCAGCCCCUCCUGAACUCUCCAGGCCUGGCCCCCCACCCCGGCUCCAGCCCGGGGAGAAGGCUCCGUGUGUGCGCUCAGAGCCAGGGACCGGGGUCCAGGCUGGUCUUGGAGCACACAGGGGCCUCAGCUCUGAGCCCACGGGCGCAGGGAGCUCUGCAGGCAGAGGGCUGGACACAGCGUCCUCGGGGCCUCCGGCCAGGAGUGGAGCCCGGAGCAGGUGACCAAGGAGGCUGCGUGUCCAGCCAGGCCUCGGGGAUGGCUCAGGACACUGGGCUUGGGUCGGGGCAGCGGGAAAGCAGUGGGAUUGGAUGCCAGAGACGCGGCCCCUGCCCUGGGGGAUGCCUGGUGGCCAGGGUGGCUUGUGGGGCAGGCGAGAGAAUAGCGGGCACAGCUUGGCCGGGGCCACCGGACAUGGAAACCCCAACAGAACCAGUGGACACCUCAACAGGGGCUUCUCCAGCCCCUCCCAUGGCACCAGAGACUGUGGCUCGGGGUUACCCAUCUGGGGGAGCAUGCAUGCCCUUGAUGGGGUCCUCGGGGCACCGCGUUCGAGAGGCAAACCACAAUGGGCAGGCCCUGCCCGUGCCGCAGCUGGCCAGCCCUGGCAGUGAGGGGUUUCCGGGGACAGGGCAGGGCCCCCAGGCCUCGGGUCAGGGGCAAAGGGCAGAGGGCCUGCAGCUGGGGCUGGGGGCUUCCCACCCACUCGCACAAGAGGACAACGAGCAAGACUCAGCAAGGAGACGACUUGCUCGUGCUGGGGGGCAGAGGACAGAGAGGGGCCCGUUGAACAUUCGCCAGCAGCUCCACGGAAAGGCCGUCCGGUGUUUGGUGCAAAACCGACACCGCGUCCUGCCGAGAGCUCAGGUCAUCUGGCGUGGUGGGCCCGCGUCCUCGCUGCAGCGUCCAGUCCCCAACUCUGGGCCUGGGGACACCAAGUCCGGCCCGGCAGUGGCUGAGCUGGUUUCUCACACGCCAUUGCUGGAGAGACCGGGUCGCUGUCUGCACGUCUGCGUGUCUGUACGUCUGCCUGCCUGCACAUCUGCAUGUCUGCGUGUCUGCGCGUCUGGCCGUCUGCACGUCUGCGUGUCUGUGCAUCUGCCCACCUGCACGUCUGUGUGUCUGCGUGUCUGUGCGUCUGCCUGCCUGCACAUCUGCAUGUCUGUGUGUCUGCGCGUCUGCCCGUCUGCACGUCUGCGUGUCUGUGCAUCUGCCCACCUGCACGUCUGUGUGUCUGCGUGUCUGUACGUCUGCCCGCCUGCACGUCUGUGUGUCUGCGUGUCUGUACGUCUGCCCACCUGCACAUCUGUGUGUCUGCGUGUCUAUACGUCUUCCCGCCUGCGUGUCUGUGUGUCUGUGCGUCUGCCCGCCUGCACGUCUGUGUGUCUGCGUGUCUGUACGUCUGCCCGCCUGCACGUCUGUGUGUCUGUGUGUGCACGGCAGCCGUGCCGCCUCUGGCCUGACGGCAGUUGUGGACAUGGGGCCCUGCUGCUCCCGGCCGGUGCCUUGUCCCCGACUCUUCCCACAGUAGCUGCCACACCCCAGACGGGCCCCAUCGGCCGGGGCUCCCCCGCUGCCCCCGCCUGCGUCCCGGCCCCGGUCCUCCUGGGUGGCUCCCCCUUCCCCGCCCCAGCGGCCCCUGGCCUCGCCCCUCCCGCUGGAGCUCCCAGCUGGGGGGUCAGACGACCCCACACGUCCCGCCCGCUGUGCCCCGUCACCGGCCUGUCCCGACCGGAGGAGGCAGGGGGCCCGCGGGGCCGCAGGAGAGGGCGGGGGGCGAGUCGAGUCACGCAGGCCUGGGGACGGGCCUCUCGGGCCGGCGGCCCCCGAGCCCCUGGGCGGUUCCUGGAGCGAAGGGGGGGCCUGUUUGCCGGGGUCACCGGUGACCCCGGUGGUGACCCGGCCCCACCGCGCCUGUUUGCUCGCAGCCGGGACCGCUCGGCACGGCCGCCUCUAAUCCUGAGCAAACGCGGCCGGGGGCUGCCGGCCCACGCCCUGCCCACAUCCUCCUCCCGCCCCACCGCCCGCCCUGCUCCCCCUCGCCCCGGGGGGCCCUUCCGGGUCCAGCUGGGGCGCUGGGGGCCCCUGCCCGGCCUCCUCCCAGCCCAUUCUCUGAAUCACGGCCGGCACCAGAGCUCUCCGGGGAACGACGGUGUCGCAGACGACAGAGCAGGGCCCUCGUCACCCGCGCCCGCAGCCCAGGCCUCCGAUGUCCCCACAGUCCUGUCCCAGCCCAGGAGCCAGUCGGGGCCACCUGCUGCCCUUGGCCCGUCCCCCGGGUCCAUCCUCAGGCCCCCGUGGGGCAGCCCGGCCUUUCUGAGGGCACCGGCCGGCCGGGGGCUGCCUGCCCCUCCUCGUGCCCCCAGGGAGGCCCUGCCGAUCGGGCCGGCGCUGGGGCGUGGACUCUCGCCGCCUGGCCGAGGGGGUGGCCCAUCCGGUGAGGUGACCGCGGCCCCCGAGUCUGUGUGCGUGGGGCUGUGGGCGUCCUGUGCGUCCAUCACUGCAGGAGGAGCGCUCACGUCUCUGUGCCUUGCCGCAUCCCUGGUUUAUGGUGUCCUGGGGGUCGGUGCCCCCCGCUUGGUGGCUGGGGUGCUCAGGCGGAGACUGACCCACCACCCCAGGACACAUCCGGCCCUGCCUUGGCGGCCCGACCCUACCCACAGCCAGGCUGUGGUGGUCCCAACUGCCCACCUGUGCGUCUCGGCACAGACCACAGGCCGGGGGUCUGGGGGCUCCACCACCUGUUCCCCCUGGACAGCAGCCCGGCCCCCCGAGUGUGGCCCUGAUGUCGGGGGAUGCCCGGUGGCCACCCCUGCCCCGGACCCCGGCCUGGAGCCGCCCCUCAUCCGCUCGAGCCAUGCCCGCUGGGGGCCCUGCCCGGGUGGGGAGGGGGCAGCCGCCGGGCCCACGGGGCCACUGGCGAGCCCUGGGGAGCCUUCGACCCCGGAAACGGCCAAGCGGCAGCAGACGUGGUGCCCAAGUCUGUGCCACCAACACCAGCAGGACACGGGGACCAGCUCCCGGCGGGCCCUGGGGGUCAGGAGAUGCCACUGGAGGCUCCGGGUGGGGCAGCAGCCACCCCAGCCCAUCGGCCUGCGUGUGUCGGGCAGCGCACGUCCAGGGACAGCACACCCGGCCCACGGAGCCCCAGGGUGCAGGAGAGCACUGGACGUGUGCCGACGGACUAGGCCAGGCUCCCAGGAGGGGCUCGAGCCCGGGGCUGUGGGGGCUGCAGGAGGUGGACCCGGUGGUCCACGGACCCUGCCUUCCGGAGCCAUCUACAGAGGGGCCGCCCCCUUCCCCCCAGGCCCCGGCAAGAUGACCCCUCUCCCCUCGGACUCUCAGAAGCUGCUGGGCGGCCCCAGGAUGGGUGCCAGGAGCGGGAGCCGGGCCCUGGCGGGGGUCCUCGUGGCGCUGCUCGUGGCGCGGGCGGAGACCCAGCGCAGCCUGGAGCCGAGCUGGGAGAGCACAGCAGCCACCAUCGACAGUCAGAGGGUGAAGGGCGCGCGCCAGAUACCCUUGCCCAGUGGACGCCUGACCUUCAUCCCACCGGUCACCGUCUCCCCCAGCGUGAGCCCCCUGAACCCCGCGCACAACGGCCGGGUCUGCAGCACGUGGGGCGACUUCCACUACAAGACCUUCGACGGCGCCGUGUUCCGCUUCCCCGGGCUCUGCAACUACGUCUUCUCCGCGCACUGCCGCGCCGCCUACGAGGACUUCAACGUGCAGAUCCGCCGCGGCCUGGCGGGGCCCAGGCCCACCAUCAGCCGCGUGCUGCUCAGGGCCGACGGGCUGGUGCUAGAGCUCGCCCGGGGCGCGGUGCAAGUCAAUGGGCAGCGGGAGGAGCUGCCCUACAGCCGCGCAGGGGUCCUGGUGGAGCGCAGCGGCUCCUACCUCAAGGUCACCAUCCGGCUGGUCCUGACCUUCACCUGGAAUGGGGAGGACAGCGCCCUGCUGGAGCUGGACCCCAAGUACGCCAACCAGACGUGCGGCCUGUGCGGGGACUUCAAUGGGCUCCCGGCCAACGAGCUCUACGUCAACAGCAUCAGGCUGACUCCGCUGCAGUUCGGGAACCUGCAGAAGCUGGACGGGCCCACGGAGCAGUGCCAGGACCCGCUGCCCGCCCCAGCCAGCAACUGCACGGACGAGGAGGACGUCUGCCGCCGCACCCUGCUCGGCCCGGCCUUCGCCCAGUGCAACGAGCUGGUGGACGCCGGCGCCUACGUAGCCGCCUGCACCCAGGAACUUUGCCGCUGCCCCACUUGCCCAUGCGCCACAUUUGCCGAGUACUCGCGCCAGUGCGCCCACGCUGGGGGCCAGCCGCAGAACUGGAGGAGUCCCGACCUCUGCCCCCAGACGUGCCCCCCGAGCAUGCAGCACCAGGAGUGCGGCUCGCCCUGCACCGACACCUGCUCCAACCCCGAGCGCUCCCAGCUCUGCGAGGACCACUGCGAGGACGGCUGCUUCUGCCCCCCAGGCACUGUGCUGGACGACCUCACGCACUCGGGCUGUGUGCCCCAGGAGCGCUGCCCCUGCACCCACGGCGGCCGCACCUACGCCCCGGGGGCCUCUUUCACCACCAGCUGCAGCUCCUGCACCUGCUCCGGGGGCCUGUGGCGGUGCCAGGACCUCCCGUGCCCGGGCACGUGCUCGCUCAGCGGCGGCUCCCACGUCUCCACCUACGACCAGAGGCUGUACGACGUGCACGGGGACUGCGGCUACGUGCUGACCAAGAAAUGUGCUGACAACGCCCUCACGGUGCUCGUGGAGCUGCGGAAGUGCGGCCUGACGGACAACGAGAACUGCCUCAAAUCGGUGACGCUCAGCCUCAACGGGGACACGGCCAUCCGCGUCCAGGCUGGUGGGCAGGUGUUCAUGAACUCCAUCUACACCCAGCUGCCCCUGUCGGCAGCCAACGUCACCGUCUUCCAGCCCUCGUCCCACUUUGUCCUGGUGCACACGGCCAUCGGCGCACAGGUGCAGGUGCAGCUGGUGCCGCAGAUGCAGGUGUGGGUGAGGCUGGACCCCUCCUACCACGGCCAGAUGUGCGGCCUCUGCGGGAACUUCAACCAGAACCAGGCCGACGACUUCGCGGCCCUCAGUGGGCUGGUGGAGGGCACGGGCGCCGCCUUCGCCAACACCUGGAAGACCCAGGCCGCCUGCCCCAAUGCCAAGAACAGCUUCGAGGACCCCUGCUCCCUCAGCGUGGAGAACGAGAACUACGCCCAGCACUGGUGCUCGCGGCUGACUGACCCCAUGGGUGCCUUUUCGCCCUGCCAUUCCGUGGUCAACCCUGCGCCCUUCCACACGAACUGCCUGUUCGACACCUGCAACUGCGAGAGGAGCGAGGACUGCCUGUGCGCCACGCUCUCCGCUUACGUGCGCGCCUGCGCCGCCAGGGGCGUCCUGCUCAGCGGCUGGAGGGACGGCGUCUGCACCAAGUACAUGCACAACUGCCCCAAGUCCCAGAGCUACGCGUACGUGGUGGACACCUGCCCGGCCACCUGCCGCGCCCUGAGUGAGGCCAACGUGAUCUGCAGCAUCUCCUUCGUGCCCGUGGACGGCUGCACCUGCCCCGUGGGGACCUUCUUGGAUGACACCGGCACCUGCGUGCCCGCUGAGGAGUGUCCCUGCUACCUGCGCGGCUCCGUGGUGGCCCCCGGGGAGGCCGUGCAUGACAACGGCGUGGUGUGCUCGUGUGCGAGCGGGAAGCUGAGCUGCCUGGGGGCCGUGGAGCAGAAGGACCGAGGGUGUGUGCCCCCCAUGGAGUACCUGGACUGUGGGGACAGCCCGGCGGGCGUCCCCGGGGCCGAGUGCCUGCGGAGCUGCCACACGCUGGACGUGGACUGCUACAGUACCCAGUGUGUCUCCGGCUGCGUCUGCCCCCCGGGGCUGGUGGCCGAUGGCAGUGGGGGCUGCAUCUCCCAGGAGGACUGUCCCUGCGUGCACAACGAGGCCACGUACAGGCCCGGGGACACCAUCCAGGUCGACUGCAACACCUGCACGUGCAGGAACCGCCACUGGGAAUGCACCCGACAGCCCUGCAUGGGCACGUGUGUGGCCUACGGGGACGGGCACUUCAUCACCUUCGACGGCGAGCGCUACAACUUCGAGGGCAGCUGCGAGUACACCCUGGCACAGGACUACUGCGGGGCCAGUGCCAGCGCCAACAGCACCUUCCGCAUCAUCACCGAGAACAUCCCCUGCGGGACCACUGGCGUCACCUGCUCCAAGGCCAUCAAAGUCUUCCUAGGGGAUUAUGAGCUGAUCCUCAGCGAGGGGCGUGUCAAGGUGGUGGCGAGGGGGUCUGGUGGAGACCUGCCCUACAGGAUCCGCUACAUGGGCAUCUACCUGGCCAUCGAAGCCCGCAGUGGGCUGGUCCUCCUGUGGGACCACAAGACCAGCCUGCUCAUCAGGCUGCCCCAGCAUUACAAGGGCAAGGUCUGCGGGCUGUGCGGGAACUUCGACGACAACGCCGCCAACGACUUCACCACGCGGAGCCGGUCCGUGGUGGAGGACGUGCUGGAGUUCGGCAACAGCUGGAAGUUCUCCCCGACCUGCCCCGACGCGCUCGCCCCCAGAGACCCCUGCAGCGCCAACCCCUACCGCAAGUCCUGGGCCCAGAAGCAGUGCAGCAUCAUCAACAGCAGCCCCUUCGCUGCCUGCCGGGCCCAGGUCGACUCCACCAAGUACUACGAGGCCUGCGUGAGCGACGCGUGUGCGUGCGACUCCGGGGGCGACUGCGAGUGCUUCUGCACGGCCGUGGCCGCCUACGCCCAGGCCUGUCGCGACGUGGGCGUGUGCGUCACCUGGAGGACCCCGGACAUCUGCCCCCUGUUCUGCGACUACUACAACCCGGAUGGGGGGUGCGAGUGGCACUACCAGCCCUGCGGGGCGCCCUGCCUGAGGACCUGCCGGAACCCGAGUGGGCAUUGCCUCGUUGACCUGCCCGGCCUGGAAGGCUGCUACCCCAAGUGUCCACCCAACAAGCCCUUCUUCAGUGAAGACGAGAUGAAGUGCGUGGCCCAGUGCGGUUGCUAUGACCAGGACGGAAACUACUAUGACGUCGGCAGGAGGGUCCCUACUGAAGAAAACUGCCAGAGCUGUAACUGCACCGCCGACGGCAUCCAGUGCGGGCAUAGCCGCGUGGCCUGCAGGUGCUCCUAUGAGGGCAGGACCUUCAGCUACGGGGAGGUCAUCUACAACACCCCUGACGGGCUGGGCGCCUGCCUGCAGGCCAUCUGCGAGGACGGCGGGGUCAUCGCCCGGAGCACGGUGAAAUGUGGGACAUCCACCCCGCCCUUCACCUUCACCUCCACCGCAGCCCCACCCUCCACGGCAGGCUCCACCCCCACCCUCUCACCGGCCUCCCCCACGUGCGUGCGGGAAGUCUGCGGGUGGUCCGACUGGCUGGACGGUGACCAGCCGGCACCGGGGCUCGAGGACGGGGACUUUGAGACGCUUGAGAACCUCAGCCUGCAGUUUGGGACCUGCCGGGCCCCAGCAGACAUCCAGUGCCGAGCGCAGCAGUUCCCCAACACGCCCCUGGAGAAGCUGGGCCAGAAAGUGGCCUGUAGCCGGACACGGGGGCUGGUGUGUGCCAACCGCGAGCAGAGCCCCACACUCUGCCUCAACUAUGAGCUGCGGGUGCUGUGCUGUGCCUACGUGCCCUGCGGCCCCUCCCCAGAACCCGGCACCAGCCCUGGGCCUUCCCCCAGCGUCACCACCCAGCGCAGGACCACCACAGAGACCUCCGCAGCCCCCAAAUCCCUGCCCACCCCCACCCGGACCAUAUCCACAGGGAAAACAACCCUACACCCAACUGCAAGCUCCAAGGCUAUCACAGCCGAGACCCCGCAAACGCGCUCGACCCCCACCAUGGUGCCCACCACAUGGUCGAGCAGCACUGUCCCCUGCCAGCCCGUGUGCCGGUGGACACAGUGGUUUGAUGAGGAUUACCCCAAGUCGGAAGAGGCUGGGGGGGACAUCGAGUCUUACGACAAGAUCAGGAGUGCGGGAGGGGACAUUUGUGAGCAGCCCUGGGCUAUCGAGUGCCAGGCCGAGCUGUACCCCAACAGGACCCUCGAGCAGAUGGGCCAGAAAGUGCACUGUGAUGUCUCCUUCGGCCUGGUGUGCAGGAACGAGGAGCAGGAGGGCACGUUCAGGAUGUGCUACAACUACAGAAUUCGCCUUCUGUGCUGCAGCUACAGCCACUGCCAGACCAGCACCCUGACACCAGCAACUCCGAGCAGCUCAUCCACAUCCUUCACACCUGGGAGCACCUCAAAAUCAGCCCAGACUCCCCCGGUCAGCACAACGGCGGCAUCCCUCCGCUCGACGCAGUCGACACUCCGACCCACGCCUCCCAGUCCCAGCACCACGGGCCAGGGGACAACUGGCUGCCAGCCCAGGUGCGAGUGGACAGAGUGGUUUGACGUGGACUUCCCCACCUCUGGCGUCAGGGGCGGGGACAUGGAGACCUACGAGAACAUCCGGGUUGCGGGCGGGAGACUGUGCCAGGAGCCACAGCAGAUCGAGUGCAGGGCGGAGAACUACCCUGAGGUGAGCAUCGACCAGAUCGGGCAGGUGGUGAGCUGCAGCCUGCGGGACGGGCUGGUCUGCAGGAACGAGGACCAGAGGGGCCACUUCAACAUGUGCUUCAACUACAACGUGCGUGUGCUCUGCUGUGACGACUACAGGCACUGUAGGGCCGUGACGUCCGCUGCUCCAUCCACAGUGGCCACCACGCCCUCCACGGCCUCCAGUGCUGCAUCCACAGCCACCACUGCUCCAUCCACGGCCACCACUGCUCCAACCAUGGCUACCACAUCAUCCACGGCCACCACAUCAUCCACGGCAUCCACUGCUCCAUCCACGGCCACCACAUCAUCCACGGCCGCUACUGCUCCACCCACAGCCACCACUGCUCUAACCACAGCCACCACUGCUCCAUCCACGGCAUCUACUGCUCCAUCCACAGUGGCCACCACGCCCUCCACGGCCACCACUGCUCCAACCACGGCCAUCAGUGCUCCAACCACGGCCAUCACUGCUCCAACCAUGGCCACCACAUCAUCCACGGCAUCCACUGCUCCAUCCACGGGCACCACAUCAUCCACAGCCACCACAUCAUCCACGGCCGCUACUGCUCCAUCCACAGUCACCACUGCUCUAACCACAGCCACCACUGCUCCAUCCACUGCCACCACUGCUCCAACCACAGCCGCCACAUCAUCCACGGCAUCCACUGCUCCAUCCAUGGCCACCACAUCAUCCACAGCUUCUACUGCUCCACUCACAGCCACCACUGCUCUAACCACAACCACCACUGUUCCAUCCACGGCAUCUACUGCUGCAUCCACGGUGGCCACCAGGCCUUCCGCGGCCACCACUGUCCUGUACACAACCACCACGUCAUCCACGGCAUCCACUGCUCCAUCCACGGGCACAACAUCAUCCACAGCCACCACAUCAUCCACGGCCACUACUGCUCCAUCCACAGCCACCACUGCUCUAACCACAGCCACCACUGCUCCAACCAUGACCACCACAUCAUCCACAGCCGCUACUGCUCUAACCACAGCCACCAUUGCUCAAUCCACAGCCACCACUGCUCCAUCCAUGGCCACCACUGCUCCAACCAUGGCCACCACUGCUCCAACCACAGCCACCACAUCAUCCAUGGCUACCACUGCUCCAUCCAUGGCCACCACAUCAUUCACAGCCACCACGGCCCCAUCCACAGCCACCACAUCAUCCACAGCCACCACUGCUCCAUCCACAGCCACCAUUGCUCUAACCACAGCCACCACUGCUCCAUCCACGGCCACCACUGCUCCAACCACGGCCACCACUGCUCCAUCCACGGCCACCACUGCUCCACCCAUGGCCACCACAUCAUCCACAGCCACCACAUCAUCCAUGGCCACCACUGCUCCAUCCAUGGCCACCACAUUGUCCACAGGCCCCACAUCAUCCACGGCUGCUGCUGCUCCAUCCACAGCCACCACUGCUGUAACCACAGCCACCACUGCUCCAACCACGGUCACCACUGCUCCAACCAUGGCCACCACAUCAUCCAUGGCAUCCACUGCUCCAUCUAUGGCCACCACAUCAUCCACGGCAUCCACUGCUUCAUCCACGGUGGCCACCAGACCUUCCACGGCCACCACUGUUCUGUACACAACCACCACGUCAUCCACGGCCACCACUGCUCCAUCCACAGCCACCACAUCAUCCACGGCUGCUACUGCUCCAUCCACAGCCACCACUGCUCUAACCACGGCCAUCACUGCUCCAACCACGGCCACCACUGCUCCAACCAUGGCCACCACAUCAUCCACGGCAUCCACUGCUCCAUCUACGGCCACCACAUCAUCCACAGCAUCCACUGCUCCAUCCACAGCCACCACAUCAUCCACAGCUUCUACUGCUCCACCCACAGCCACCGCUGCUCUAACCACAGCCACCACUGCUCCAUCCACGGCAUCCACUGCUGCAUCCACGGUGGCCACCAGGCCUUCCACGGCCACCACUGUCCUGUACACAACCACCACGUCAUCCACGGCCACCACUGCUCCAUCCACAGCCACCACAUCAUCCACGGCUGCUACUGCUCCAUCCACAGCCACCACUGCUCUAACCACGGCCAUCACUGCUCCAACCACGGCCACCACUGCUCCAACCAUGGCCACCACAUCAUCCACGGCAUCCACUGCUCCAUCUACGGCCACCACAUCAUCCACAGCAUCCACUGCUCCAUCCACAGCCACCACUGCUCCAACCAUGGCCACCACUGCUCCAACCACAGCCACCACAUCAUCCGUGGCAUCCACUGCUCCAUCUAUGGCCACCACAUCAUCCAUGGCAUCCACUGCUCCAUCCACGGCCACCACAUCAUCCACAGCUUCUACUGCUCCACCCACAGCCACCGCUGCUCUAACCACAGCCACCACUGCUCCAUCCACGGCAUCCACUGCUGCAUCCACGGUGGCCACCAGGCCUUCCACGGCCACCACUGUCCUGUACACAACCACCACGUCAUCCACGGCCGCCACUGCUCCAUCCAUGGCCACCACAUUGUCCACGGCCACCACAUCAUCCACGGCUGCUACUGCUCCACCCACAGCCACCACUGCUCCAACCACGGCCACCACUGCUCCAUCCACGACAUCCACUGCUCCAACCACGGCCACCGCUGCUCCAUCCAUGGCCACCACAUCAUCCACAGCCACCACAUCAUCCACGGCUGCCACUGCUCCAUCCACAGCCACCACUGCUCCAACCAUGGCCACCACUGCUCCAACCACAGCCACCACAUCAUCCGUGGCAUCCACUGCUCCAUCUAUGGCCACCACAUCAUCCAUGGCAUCCACUGCUCCAUCCACGGCCACCACAUCAUCCACAGCUUCUACUGCUCCACCCACAGCCACCGCUGCUCUAACCACAGCCACCACUGCUCCAUCCACGGUGGCCACCAGGCCUUCCACGGCCACCACUGUCCUGUACACAACCACCACAUCAUCCACAGCCAACAGUGCUCCAUCUACAGCUGCCACCAGGCCAUCUAUGGCAUCCACUGUCCCAUCCACGGCCACCACCAGGGCAUCCACAGCCAGCACACCACCCAUAGCAGGAUCCACAGCAACCACCCCACCCUCCAGGGCACCUACCACUCCAUCCUGGGUGGCCACAGUGCCUCCCAAAGCUACCACUGUCCCAUCCACAAUGGCCACCAGGUCAACCACUGCAGCCACUAAUAGACUUCAUUCAUCCAGCCUCCCAGGGACCUCAACUUUGGCCACCACACAGAUUUACCCCCUAUCACCUAGUACUACCAAGAAAGUCUCCACCCCCAAUACAGAGACCAGCCCAUUUUCACCCAGGACCACUGAGGUCUCGGUCUCCAGUCCCUCUGGCCCCCCAACCUCCCACACCCUUCACACAUCUCCUCAGCCCACCCCUGGGACCCCAACAACCACUGCCCAGUUGGCCUCAUCCGCCAUGUCCCCUACGCCCUCCCUGGCCAGCUCACCCAUAACUACGACUCCAAUGUCUUGGGGCAUGAGGCCCACCUUUGGGACCACUCUCUCCUCCAGCCCCCCGACCACCAAGGGCUGUAAACCACGGUGCGUGUGGACAGACUGGUUUGAUGAAGACUACCCUCUCCCCACGCCCAGUGGUGGAGACUUUGAGACCUACUCAGUCCUGCGCUCGGCCGGCCACGUCUUCUGUGCGAGCCCCGUGGACAUCCAGUGCCGCUCCGAGAGGGAGCCGGACAAACCCCUGGCCGACAUCGGGCAGGUGGUGCACUGCAACGUGAGCUUCGGGCUGGUGUGCCGGAACCAGGAGCAGCCCAGGUUCUCUAGGUACUGCCACAACUACCAAGUGCGCGUGCUCUGCUGUGACGACUACAGCCACUGUGGGACCACAACGGCCUCCCCCUCCUCCGCCACUGCCCCCCAGGGGACGACUCUGACGACAACCCUCACACCCCCCGCGGUGACCUCCGGGGCCACUGCACUCACCCGCUCCCCAUCCCCAGGCUCCACCAUUACACACACGGCGGUGUCCACCGCGUGCCAGCCCCGCUGUGCCUGGACCGACUGGAUGGACAGUGACCGGCCCCAGCCCGGCCGCUUUGGGGGAGAUGUCGAGACCUACUACAGCAUCGUGCAGGCGGGUGGACAGCUGUGUGCAGCUCCUGUGUCCAUCGAGUGCGCAGCCACCCUGUUCCCGGGCGUGCCCCUGGCGCAGCUGGGGCAGGUGGUGCAGUGCAACGUGGACUACGGGCUCAUCUGCAGGAACCGCUGGCAACAGCGGGGCCAGACCUGCCACAACUACCAAGUGCGCGUGCUCUGCUGUGACGACUACAGCCAGUGCAGGACACCGGCCACCUCCACGCCCACACCCACCAGCACCCAGACCCAGUCCCCAACGGUCCAGGGAACCUCGACCACAGCCACCCCACAGACCCUCACCACAUCACCUGUGACUACAGAAGGGAGCUCCAUCCCCACCACGCAGACUCAAGUCUCAUCCUUGGGAACCACAGAAGGGGUCUCCACCCCCACCAAGACCCUUGCCACAUCACCCGGUACCACAGAGAGGAGCUCAGUUCCCACCACUAAGACCCUCACCAUGUCUACAGGGAGCACUGGGGGGUUCUCACUCCCCAGCACACAGCCAGGGCCCUCAUCACCUGGGACCACUGAGGUCUCAGUCUCCAGUCCCUCUGGCCCCCCAACCUCCCACACCCUUCACACAUCUCCUCAGCCCACCCCUGGGACCCCAACAACCACUUCCCAGUUGGCCUCGUCCACCAUGUUCCCUACGCCCUCCCUGGCCAGCUCACCCGUAACCACAACUCCAACGUCUGGGGGCACGAGGCCCACCUUUGGGACCACCCUCUCCUCCAGCCCCCCGACCACCACGGGCUGUGAACCACAGUGCGUGUGGACACGCUGGUUCGAUGAAAACUACCCCCUCCCCACGCCCAGUGGUGGAGACUUUGAGACCUACUCAGUCCUGCGCUCGGCCGGCCACGUCUUCUGUGCGAGCCCCGUGGACAUCCAGUGCCGCUCCGAGAGGGAGCCGGACAAACCCCUGGCCAACAUCGGGCAGGUGGUGCACUGCAACGUGAGCUUCGGGCUGGUGUGCCGGAACCAGGAGCAGCCCAGGUUCUCCAGGUACUGCCGCAACUACCAAGUGCGCGUGCUCUGCUGUGACGACUACAGCCACUGUGGGACCACGACGGCCUCCCCCUCCUCCACCACUGCCCUCCAGGGGACAACUCUGACGACAACCCUCACACCCCCUGAGGUGACCUCCGGGGCCACUGCACUCACCCGCUCCCCGUCCCCAGGCUCCACCAUUACACACACGGCGGUGUCCACCGCGUGCCAGCCCCGCUGUGCCUGGACCGACUGGUUUGACGAGAGCUACCCAAUGCCGGGGUCCACCGGAGGAGACUUUGAGACCUAUGCCAACAUCCGGGCAGCCGGGGGGGCCCUCUGCAAGGAGCCCUUGGACCUGGAGUGCCGGGCCGAGCUCUGGCCCAAUACCCCCCUCGAGGAGCUGGGGCAGGUGGUGCGGUGCAGCCGGGAUGAGGGCCUGGUGUGCAGGAACAGGGACCAGGUGGGGCCCUUCAGAGUCUGCUACAACUACCACAUCCGGGUGCUCUGCUGCAGCUCCGGCCACUGCCCGCCGACCACGGCCACCACCACAGUGGCCCCCACAGGGAUGAGCCCCGAGCAGAGCACCAUGCUGGCCACCAGCACCACGGCCCUCCCCCCAUCCACCCCCAGACCCACGGCCACCAGCACAGCACCGACCGUGACCCCCACUGGGUGCCAGCCCACCUGCUACUGGACCGACUGGAUGGACAGUGACCGGCCCCAGCCUGGCCGCUUUGGGGGAGACAUCGAGACCUACUACAGCAUCGUGCAGGCGGGUGGACGGCUGUGUGCAGCUCCUGUGUCCAUCGAGUGCGCAGCCACCCUCUUCCCGGGCGUGCCCCUGGCGCAGCUGGGGCAGGUGGUGCAGUGCAACGUGGACUACGGGCUCAUCUGCAGGAACCACUGGCAACAGUGGGGCCGGACCUGCCACAACUACCAAGUGCGCGUGCUCUGCUGUGACGACUACAGCCAGUGCGGGACACCGGCCACCUCCACGCCCACACCCACCAGCACCCAGACCCAGUCCCCAACAGUCCCGGGAACCUCGACCACAGCCACCCCACAGACCCUCACUGCGUCACCUGGGACUACAGAAGGGAGCUCCAUCCCCACCACGCAGACUCAAGUCUCAUCAUUGGGGACCACAGAAGGGGUCUCCACCCCCACCAAGACCCUCGCCACAUCACCCGGUACCACAGAGAGGAGCUCAAUUCCCACCACUAAGACCCGCAGCACGUCACCUGGGACUACAGAAGGGAGCUCCAUCCCCGCCACGCAGACACAGGUCUCAUCAUUGGGGACCACAGAAGGGGGCUCCACCACCACAACACAGACACAACGUACAUCACCCAGGACUGCCAGGGUGGUUUCCACCCCCACCAAGACCCUCGCCACAUCACCCGGUACCACAGAGAGGAGCUCAAUCCCCACCACUAAGACCCUCACCACGUCACCUGGGACCACAAAAAGGGGCUCCACCCCCACCACACAGACCCUCAUCACGUCACCUGUGACUAUAGAAGGGAGCUCCAUCCCCACCACGCAGACACAAGUCUUAUCAUUGGGGACCACAGAAGGGAGCUUCACCACCACAACACAGACACAAGGGACAUCACCCAGGACUGCCAGGGUGGUCUCCACCCCCACCAAGACCCUCGCCACAUCACCUGGUACCACAGAGAGGAGCUCAAUCCCCACCACUAAGACCCUCACCAUGUCACCUGUGACUACCGAAGGGAGCUCCAUCCCCACCACGCAGACAUAUGCCACAUCACCCAGGACCACCAAGGUGGGCUCCAUCCCCACCACGCAGACACAAGUCUCAUCAUUGGGGACCACAGAAGGGGGCUCCAUCCCCACCAAGACCCUCGCCACAUCACCCGGUACCACAGAGAGGCGCUCAAUCCCCACCACUAAGACCCUCACCACGUCACCUGUGACUACAGAAGGGCGCUCCAUCCCCACCACACAGACACAAGGGACAUCACCCAGGACCACCAAGGUGGGCUCCAUCCCCACCAUACAGACACAAACCACGUCUUUCAGGACCACUGAAGGGAGCUCCACCGCCACAACGCAGACACAAGGGACAUCACCCAGGACUGCCAGGGUGGUCUCCACCCCUACCAAGACCCUCGCCACAUCAUCCAGUACCACAGAGAGGAGCUCAAUUCCCACCACUAAGACCCUCACCACGUCACCUGGGACUACAAAAGGGAGCUCCAUCCCCACCACGCAGACUCAAGCCACGGAAGAGGCCUCCACCGCCACCUCACAGACCCAUGCCACAUCACCCAGUACCACAGAGAGGGUCUCUGUCCCCACCAAGCAGGCCCAUACCACGUCUACAGGGAGCACUGGGGGGUUCUCACUCCCCAGCACACAGCCAGGACCCGGGACCACUGAGGUCUCGGUCUCUAGUCCCUCUGGCCCCCCAACCUCCCACACCCUUCACACAUCUCCUCAGCCCACCCCUGGGACCCCAACAACCACUGCCCAGUUGGCCUCAUCCACCAUGUCCCCUACGCCCUCCCUGGCCAGCUCACCCGUAACCACAACUCCAACGUCUGGGGGCAUGAGGCCCACUUUUGGGACCACCCUGUCCUCCAGCCCCCCACAGUCUGGCACCACCCCGACCACCUCAGCCAUGUUGCCCACCACAGGCUGUAAACCACGGUGCGUGUGGACAGACUGGUUUGAUGAAGACUACCCCAUCCCUGUGUCCAGUGGUGGAGACUUUGAGACCUACUCAGUCCUGCGCUCGGCCGGCCACGUCUUCUGUGCGAGCCCCGUGGACAUCCAGUGCCGCUCCGAGAGGGAGCCGGACAAACCCCUGGCCGACAUCGGGCAGGUGGUGCACUGCAACGUGAGCUUCGGGCUGGUGUGCCGGAACCAGGAGCAGCCCGGGCCCAUCAAGUACUGCCACAACUACCAUGUGCGCGUGCUCUGCUGUGACAACUACAGCCAGUGCCCCAGGUCCACCCUCUUGCCUACUUCCCUUCCUACCACUCAGCACCCACACACAACUGCAGCGCCUCCCAUCAGCCAGUCAACCUCCAGCGUGUCCACCGUGUCCACGUCUCCCCUCACUACUCUCCAGUCCACCUCAGUCCCCAGCUCAACCUUCUUCAUUACACCCUGUUUUUGCCAGGCAUUUGGAGAACUGUUCUCUCCAGGGGACAUUGUGUACAAUAAAACUGAUGGAGCCGGCUGCCACUUCUACGCUGUUUGCAAUAAGCACUGUGAGAUUGACCGCUUCCCGGGCACCUGCUCCACUGCCUCCCCACCCGCCUCCUCUGCGGCCCCAUCCGUCCCCACGCCUCCCCCAGGAUGUUCUAACGUCAUCCCUCCGCGACAGGUGAACGAGUCCUGGACCCUGGAGAACUGCAUGGUGGCCAGGUGUGAAGGUGACAACCACGUCGUCCUGCUGGAGCCGAAGCCUGUGGCCAACGUCACCUGUGUGAACGAGCAUCUUCCCAUCAAAGUGUGGAACACAAGCAAUCCCUGUGACUACCACUAUGAGUGUGAAUGCUCCUGCAGCGUCUGGGGAGAGUCUCAUUACUCCACGUUCGACGGCACCUCCUACUCCUUCCGGGACGAAUGCACCCACGUGCUGGUGAGGGAGAUCCACCCGCGCCGCGGGAACCUGAGCAUCCUCCUGGACAGCCACUACUGCGGGGCCACCACUGCCCCCCACUGCCCCCGCGCCGUGCUCAUCUCCCACGAGUCCGCGGAGAUCACCCUCACCACCUCCAACAGCAGCGGGACGCUGGAGGGCCUGGUCCUGUUCAACCAAGAGCCGGUGGGCCAGGGCUUCAGCAAGGACGGCGUGACCGUGUCCGUGUCGGCGGGUGCGGCCAUGGCCGUGGACAUCCCCGCCAUCGGCGCUCACGUGUCCUUCAACGGGCACGUCUUCCAGGCCCGGCUGGCCUACAGCCAGUUCAGCCACAACACCGAGGGCCAGUGCGGCACCUGCACCAACAGCCGGACAGACGACUGUCGCCGGCCAGACGGCAGCGUGGCCCCCACCUGCCAGAUCAUGGCUGCGUCCUGGCUGGUCCCUGAUGGCAGCAGGGAGGGCUGCACGGCCCCGACCCGCCCGCCCCCGACGGCCAGCCCCCUGCCGCCAGCAGCCACCACGCCCACCCCCAGCGCCUGCCCGCCCGCGCCCCUCUGCCAGCUGAUUCUGAGCCCGGUCUUCGCGGAGUGCCACGGCCUAGUCCCGCCCGCUCCGUACUUCAGCGCCUGUGUCAGCGACAGCUGCCGGGACGGCCACCCCAGGGUGCCCUGCCAGAGCCUGGAGGCCUACGCCGCGCUGUGCCGCACCCGGGGCGCCUGCAGUGCCUGGAGGAACGCCACGGGGGGGCUCUGUGACCUCCCCUGCCCGCCGGACAAGGUGUACAAGCCGUGCGGCCCCCUGCAGCCCAGGACGUGUGACUUCAGGAGCCAAAGCCCGCGGGCCGAGGGGCUGGCGGAGGGCUGCUUCUGCCCCGACAACAUGGUCCUGUUCAACGACUAUACGGGCGUCUGCCUGCCCCAGUGUGGCUGCGUGGGACCAGACGGGUUUCCCAAACACGCGGGAGAGCGUUGGCGCAGCAGCUGCCUGGAGUGCGUCUGCGACGAGCGCACCGUGUCGGUGCAGUGCCAGCCCGUGCGGUGCCCAGGCCAGCACACGCCGCCCACGUGCGGGCCGGGGCAGGAGCUGAGCCGCACCCAGGAGCAGGGCGUCUGCUGCCCCACCUUCGUCUGCCGACCUAAGCUGUGUACCUACAACGGGACCGUCUACGGGGUGGGCGCCACCUUCCCGUCCACCACACCCUGCCACACCUGCACCUGCCUGCCCGGGCUCAGCCCCAACACCCAGGAUCCAACCGUGCAGUGUGAGGAGGACACCUGCAACACUGUCUGCCCCCAGGGCUCCGAGUACGCGAGGGCGCCGGGCCGGUGCUGCGGGGAGUGCGUGCCCACCUCCUGCCUGGCGCCCGACGGCCAGCACGUCCAGCCCAACGCCACCUGGGUGGACGGCCGCGGGGACAACUGCACCGAGUACCGCUGCGAGGCCGCCGACGGGCUGCACGUGCUGGUCCCGCGCCCGGCGUCCUGCCCCGACGCGACCGGCUGCCGGGGCAUCCUCAGGAAAACCGGCUGUUGCUACUCCUGUGAGGAAGUGGACGACUGCCAAGUCCGCGUCAACAGAACGGUCCUGCAGAGCCGCGGCUGCGCCACCGAGGCCGCAAUCAAUGUCACCUUCUGUGAAGGCUCCUGCCCGGGAGAGUCCAGGUACUCCAUGGCCGCCCAGGCCAUGCAGCAUCGCUGCACCUGCUGUCAGGAGACACGGUCCCAUGUGGAGGCGGUGACGAUGCGGUGUCCAGAUGGCACUGAGAUCCAGCACACCUACACCCACGUGGACGAGUGUGCCUGCACAGCCUCCUGUAUCCCCGCCUCAGCCCCCGCCGCUCCCCAGGAGACCCUGCAGUUCCCCGUCUAGCGGGCAUCGCUGUCUGAAGCCCUCUGCCCGCCCCCUUCCCACGCUCCCUCCCAACCUGGAGCCAGAACCUGCCUUCCCAACAUGGGCCUGCUCCACUGAGAGCACCUUAACCUACUGUGGCUCCCACUGUCCCGCCUGCCCUCUGCUGGCUGCGGCCGUGAAGCUGGUGUCUGGGAGGUUCGGCUUGAGGAGGGGUUGGGUGGGACCUCACCCCUCCCCUGAGAUGCCGGCGACCCUCCUGCCCUGGCCUCGCCCCUUCCAGCUGCCAGAGGGGCGCCUCUGGGCAAACUUGAACGUGCAGCCCCUGCCUGGCUGCACCCACUGCAGGCCUGGGUGUCCCCAGCCAACUGCCAAGCCCCGUGGAGCCCGGCGUCCCCUGUGGCUGCCUCCACACGGGAGGGCAGACUGAGGCCGUCCAUGCCAGGUGCUGUCACCGAGGAGCGGUGUCUCUGCGACGGGGCUGCCCUAAUCCCCUCUGGGCUGCUGCUUGCUGCAGGGGAGCCCGGGGCCAGGAAGGCCGAGGGGCCAGGCCAGAGGGAGGCUGCUCCCCUAGCACCCCUCUCUCCACCAGCCCCGAUUUUGUAAAUAAAGCCUCAGCAUCUCAGACA